AUGGAUUUUCAUGAUACAGACACCCAAACGCAUGUUUCCAGUCCAAAAUCGUUAAAUGAACCUAUCAAGCUUGAUAUAGAACAUGCAGUGGUUGAGGACGAUCCUCGAAUAUGGUCGAACAUCAAGAAGAACGUUGUAUUAUUCAUGAUAUCUGGAGCAUCGGUGAUUUCGGGUUUGUGCGUGAAUAUACAGAACCCCGCCAAUGCUCAAAUUCAGCAGCAGCUGCACACCAGCAGCGGAGACAUUAGCCUGAGCUUGUCUCUUUUCAUUCUCGUUCAAGGUCAAUUCCCUCUAAUUUGGAGCGCAAUUAGCGAGAUAAAAGGCCGCAAGACGGUGUACCUUUUCUCCCUAGUGCUGUUUACACUUGGAUCGGUAAUUGUAGCCAUAUCCAGAACCAUCGGUUUGAUGAUCGGCAUGCGUAUCUUGCAAAGCAUAGGGGCAAGCGCGGUUAUCACCAUCGGAGCAGCCACUCUGGCCGAUAUAUACGAGCCCCACGAACGAGGAACAAUGAUGGGUGUCUACUAUUCUGCACCUCUCCUCGGUCCCUCGUUGGGGCCGAUUAUCGGUGGCGCGCUCACACAAGGCCUCGGCUGGCGGGCGGUUUUCUGGUUUCUAGUCAUUUUGGGAGGUAUAAUAUUUUUGGCAUUCCUUUUCUUGUUCAAAGAUACCUUCCGGAACGAGAGGAGUAUGACGUACCAGAAUGUAUUGAAGAGGAGGCUCCAAGAGCAACCGUCAUCAGGAGCAAAGAACGACUUGCGGAUUAUUUCAGAGAAGGAAUUACAAGUAAAUGUCGAAGGCCAGACGAGUUCGAACGACAUUGAAGCACAGCCGACGGUCAUACCAGCAUCAGCCAUUAGAAAUGCAAGGUUGUCCAUCGCCGAUGUCAACCCUUUCCCUCCGUACCUAUCGAUUAUCAGCCGAAAGAACAACAUUGCUAUCUUGAUAGCAUCAGGUUUAAUCUUUGCAUUUAGCUUUAGCAUUGCAUAUACAUGCGCAAGAACAUUGUCAAUGCACUAUGAUUACGAUGCUUUGAAUACCGGACUCGUCUUACUUGCCUAUGGUAUUGGCUCUAUAGCCGGCAGCAUGUUAGGUGGACGUUGGUCUGAUCGGACACUUGCUCGGCUAAAGGCCGCGAACGGAGGGAUCAGCUUUCCAGAGAUGCGCCUCGAGAGCACAAAAGUCGCCAUGGCGGGGUUGCCUCUUUCCGUGAUUGGAUAUGCCUGGGUGUGCCAAGAACGGGUCAACGUCGCCGCGAUAUGGAUCUACGCGAGUACGCUGGCAUACAUCGUCGACGCGAACGCUGGUCGCUCAUCGACGGCAGUAGCGACCAACGGUUCUUUCCGCGGUCUGUUUGCUUUUGUUGCUGCUGAGAUUGCUGUUCCUCUACAAGAUAGUAUUGGCGACGGUGGUUUGUAUACGCUUUGGGCGGGGCUGAUGGUCAUUGUUGAUUGUAUUAUCUUACUGGUGUUGUAUAAAGGCAGGAAGUGGAGAGAGGCUAGUGUCGAGCGGGAGAAUCAGAAGCUGGAUGGCAAGUAG